CUGUGAACGACUGCAUUAUAUUUAUAAGUGUGAAUGGCCAGUCAAACAAAACCGAAUUAGAGAGUUAUUUCACAUUUUGUGCUGAACUGAGACGCGAUGACCAUCACGGAAUACGUCGCAGCUCUGUCGGACAACCCGUACUUCGGGGCCGGCUUCGGGCUGUUCGGUGUCGGCGCUGGAGCUGCGUUGUUACGUAAAGGACUGCAGGGUGCGCUGAUUCUCUUUCGGAGGCAUUACAUGAUUACGCUGGAGGUUCCCUGUCGGGAUAAGUCCUACCAGUGGCUGCUCCAGUGGAUCACCCAGAAGGGAGCCAAACAUACACAGCAUUUGAGUGUUGAAACGUCGUUUCUGCAGAAGGAUACCGGUCACAUAAAAACCAAGUACGAUUUUAUUCCCUCGAUUGGAACGCAUAUCAUGCGUUACGGAGGGACCUGGAUUAAAGUUGAUCGAGCGCGGGAACAGCAUACUCUCGAUCUGCACAUGGGCGUUCCAUGGGAGACGGUUCAAUUGACUGCCUUCGGCAGAAAUAAAAAUCUGUACUUUAAAAUUCUAGAAGAAGCUAGACAACUGGCUCUAAAGAAUACCGAAGGCAAAACUAUUAUGUACACUGCCAUGGGCUCCGAAUGGCGUCCUUUUGGGCAUCCUCGUAAGCGGCGCCCCUUAACGUCGGUUGUGUUGGACAACGGCGUAUCGGAUCGAAUUCUGAGUGAUUGCCGUGAGUUUAUCCGUAAUCCACAGUGGUAUGCUGAUCGCGGAAUUCCUUACCGGCGAGGUUAUCUGCUGUAUGGUCCACCGGGCUGCGGAAAGUCGAGUUUUAUUACCGCCCUGGCAGGCGAAAUCGAAUUCGGCAUUUGUUUGUUGAACCUAUCCGAGCGGGGUCUAACUGACGAUCGUUUAAAUCAUCUGAUGAAUGUUGCCCCUCAGCAGUCGAUUAUUCUACUGGAAGACAUCGACGCUGCGUUCGUGUCAAGAGAGGAUACCAAGCAGCAGAAAGCUGCCUUCGAAGGGCUGAAUCGUGUUACGUUUAGCGGGUUGCUGAACUGCCUAGAUGGUGUGGCCUCUACCGAGGCCAGAAUCGUCUUUAUGACGACAAACUACUUGGAACGGCUAGACCCGGCACUGAUACGACCCGGUCGGGUUGAUGUGAAAGAAUACGUCGGCUACUGCAGCAGACAUCAACUGGAGCAGAUGUUUAUGCGUUUCUACAGCGGCGAAGACGCUGUUCGGAAUGCCCAAGUCUUCGCGGAUAACGUGCUGAAAGCCAACCGGGAGGCAAGCCCAGCCCAGAUUCAAGGCUACUUCAUGAUACACAAGAUGUCUGACCAACAGACGGUUGUACAGAAUGUGGACUCCAUCUGGGAGGGCUCGUGAUGCGGUUAAUGAGGACCAAACAGAAGAAUGUUUAGACAAGUAUUCAAUAAAUUUU